AAUUUUUCAGAAAAUAGCGACGUUACUCGUGUGCGAUCAUUCGCAAAUAUGAAUGAAGACUCGAACACUGGAUUUUCAGAAGGCGGUUUCGAUAGUGAUUCGAAUCAUACGUUCGAUCCAGUCAACUAUCAUUCCACGAAUGGAUCAUCCACUGAUUUUAGUGCUUUGAGAAGGCAAGAAAUGACGCCUGACUCAUCGAAGUGA